AUGCUGGCGCUGGUGGGACUCAUCCUGCUCUUGCUGGCGGUGGGCGGCCAGUGCGAGGACACGGUGGCGGCUAACGUGGGCCGUCACACCAUGAGCCGCAUCGCCGAGCUGCUGUCGCCCUCCGAGUGCCGCCAGCUCCAGGGGCGGCUGGCGGGGCCCGACGGGGACCUGGGGGAGCGGGAGCUGGAGCGGCUUUCUGAGGAGAACAACCCCAUCCGUCCCCGCCGCCGGCGGGACCUCCGCGGCCCCACAGGAUGCUCGGAGGCCCUGCGGGACUGGCUGGGGACGGCAGGAGAGGUGACAACCUGGGACCGGCUGGCCCGUGGCCUCCGCCAGAUUGGGCGCCUCGACAUCGCCCGGGAGCUGGGGAAAAACCUGAACCAGGACAGGAGCCUGGAGCUGCGGAGGAACGUGGAGGAGUACAGCCGCACCGUGCGGCACCUCACCUCCUCCCUGCUGCUGGAGGGCGAGCGGCACGGUGGGGUGCGAGGCAGGAGGGCCCCGGCCGGGGACCUGGGGGACCUGCGCUUCGAGAGGCGGCUGCCCCCCCCGUACACCCGCAGCCUCCUGGGCUGGGUCGGCCCCGUGGUCUCGGGCGUCCUCGGGGGCUUCCUCGCCUCCACCCUCUUCGCCGCGGCCGCCGUGUUCUCCUGCCGCUGGACGCUGGGCUUGGACGCCACCUGA